AUGUCGCGGAGGAGUACAUCACAGCAGGAACACAAUACCCACCGCUCCAGUACAGUCGGAUGUCAAACAGACCGUCCACAGACUGUUUGUGUGGGAACUCAGAGGGUUGAGACACGGUCUGUGGGAACACAGACAGUGGAAUGUAAAGUGUCCGCCAUUUCUGUUGCAACACAGUUGGCCCGGGGAACACUGAAAUCGGCACACGUGAGAAGCAAAGGCAUCCAGGCCACGGUGUCUUUCAAAAGUGUUGGCACUAAAACUUCCACCUACACAGAAAUCCCCUUGUCCUCUACACCAAUAAAGGGCCCAGGAUUGGGACCUAGCAAGAGACCUCGACUAGAGUUGGAGCAGGAACAAGGAGAGACUUCGAUUGAAUUUGAAGAGACUCUGGAUUCGAGUUACCACCCUGAUGAUACUGUAGAAGAAUCUGACGUAUCACAAUGGGAGAGCCAGCCCAUCAUUGGAAGUACCCCGGUUGGCAACUUACAAUUAUCUGCUGCUACAUACUUCACUGGUGCUUCCUUCUUCCAACUAAAAAAGAUAUGCAGAGCCAUGCAGCUGGAGAUCUUCCAGUAUGAGACCUUCAUGAGGCAUGCUAGGCAUUAUCUGGAGCCUGCUAUUAUCCACAAGUGGAAAACUGAUCAGCUGAAGAUUUUCCAGCAACUACACCACCAGGGGGGAAAGGUCACAGUUGCAGGAGAUAUGAGAGCAGACUCUCCAGGCCACUCAGCUAAGUUUGGGAGCUACACACUAAUGUACCUGGGAAGCAACACCAUUGUGGACUUCCAGCUUGUUCAGAGCAAUGAAGUAGGUGGUAGUUACCACAUGGAAAAGGAGGGACUCAAAAGAUGCCUAGAUCAUCUAGAUCAGGGAACUCCUGGCGUAUCCGGCGGACCACACACGACGGGAUGA